AUGCCACCAGCAGGCUCACCAAAAGCCACUCAUCUUGACGGUUUUGGUGAAGCCAACGCCUACCCAUCACGGAAUAUCGCGUACCAAGCAGCCGCCAUGAUCACAUCCAUUAUUGAAAACCUCAGAGCUCAUGAUGAAAUUCGGUAUACUCCGGCUUUCAUCGUCUACAGCUUGUUCUCCGCUCUCAUCAUGCACGUGUACCAGAUGAAGUCGUCUAACAAGUCUGUCGUCUCAGCGACUGAGCAACGACUACAGAUCUGUUUGGACGCUCUUAAAGAGGUCUCCAAGGUGUGGCUUGUCGCAAAGAUGGUGCAUACUCUCUUCGAAUCGAUUCUUGGAAACAAGCACCUUGAAGAACGUCUGCAGAAAGCUGCCGGCCGCAACCACAAGAAAAACAAGGUCCCUUCGGUCCCACCACCACCGCCACCUAAGCCUGCCCAGGAAUCCUCGAAACGAAAAUUCGAUGACAUGGAUCUAGGCUUCCCUGUUCCAAGUGGGCCGCCAUCUGCCCAGGUCUCCUAUGAGCGGUCCAGACCGCAGACUCCUGCCGUCACACCUUCGCGCGAGCUGCAACCCCAACAGCAGAUGCCCCAGAUGACUACUGGAUCUCCGCAGAUGAAUCGGCAGAAUCACGACGCAUUCAUGGGCCCUUCACGGUCAGGAACGCGUCCUACGACCCCGUUCAAUCCUUCAUACUCGUAUCCAGGAACGCCACCGGAUCUUUUCCUGGUGACCCGUGAUACCCCUAAUAUUAGCCAAGAAGUGUGGCAGAACUUCCAGCCCGAUCAGCUGUUCCCUGCCGACACACAAGUCAACUUUCCCCAGAUGUCACCCAUGCAAAACCACAGCCUUGUAGAUCCUGCCUUGAGCCAACCUCAAAACAUUGCCAUGCCCUCUCAACAGACUUCUGGGGGCCAGUCACAGAUGCAGAACCCACCGUCAAAUCCGGGUAUCUCCAGCGGGUACGAGCAUAAUAACACUCAGGCCUGGCAGCAACAGAUGGAGAUGAUGUCGCAAAACCAACAACAGCAUGGCGCACAGGAUGAUGCUUGGAGUCAAAGUUCCGGAGGUCGGCCCAACCCCAUCGUGCCUAUGAGCUUGAAUGUCGAUGACUGGUUCAACUUCUUCGGCAUCAACGGUGAAGCCGACAUGUCACAUCUAUUCCAGCAAGGCCCUGCUUAG